GGAACCGGAGCACAGGAGCGGCCGAGCGGCAGAGACAAGAAACUAGUAUUUCACGAUCCACGCUCCCGGGAAUAAGACGAUCGACAAGUUCGAGCCAUUGGUACACCAAACUCCAAUGGAGUUGAGAUCAGGGCAUAGCCUGCGUUCCUCCCAGCAGCAGAGAGAGGACCGCAUCAGCGCCCUCCCUGACGACCUGCUCAUCCUCGUUCUAGCUGGCCUACGCUGCACCGCCGCCGCCGCGCGCACCGGUGUCCUCUCCCGCCGGUGGCGCGGCCUCUGGACCGGGCUCCACCAGAUCGUCUUCUGCGAUGUCGCGUUGGCUUCUCUCGAAGCAGCCCUCGGCAGCAUCGACUGUCCCGCGGUUUCCCUCGUUGAAAUCCGCGUCCCACAGAGGCAGAUCCCAGAGGAUCGCUGGCCCGACCCCGCUGUCGUCGAUUCGCUGCUGCGCGCCGCCGCUCGUCUCGCACCUGAGAAGUUCGUCUUCCACCUCCAGUGCAUCUCGACCAAUGCCGAACUGCCAUGCUUCUACCGCGCCACCUCGAUCGUGCUGGACUCGCGCAUCUUAUUCCUCCGGGUGCCGACCGGAGUCGAGUUUCCCGUGCUGGAGACGCUGUCCCUCUCAGGCUGCCUUGUCAACCUUGAUACCUUGCUCUCCCGCUGCCCGCGCCUGCGCAUGUUCAGGCUGAAGAUAAAGUGUCUUUGGUCUCGCAAACAAGACCUCACUGUCCACUCGGCGUCGCUGCAGGAGCUUGUCGUGCAAGACCAGGCAUCAUGGAUACAGCAUGUCCACAUUCUUGCCCCCUCGCUUAAGCAACUGACCAUAUCCUUAAUGGCCUCGAACUCGGAGGUCACCAUCUCUGUUUUGGCACCAAUGUUGGAGAAGGUCUCCUGGUACUGCCGUUAUACCGGCUGGUAUGUUGCCUUUGGUCUUUGGCGGCUCGAGCAGCUGAGGCUGCAGACGGCAGAGAGACAAGGACAACUCCCUUCGCUGCACAUUCAUGCGUGCACCCGUUCCCGUAUUUUACACGGAGAAGCAGUCAAGUUUACGCGGGAGAUAGAGAAGCAUAUGGUUGUUGCCUUCUCUGUUUUGGAGCUAUAUCUCAAAACAAGCGGGCAUGUUUAUGGAGCAUUGGUUUUUCAUCUCUUUGGGAUAGACCGAAUUCGUAAUGAUAUGCAGAGGCUUAAGAUCUUCCUACAGAAAUCGAUGGUGGAAGAUAGAUGCCCACCAGAUUGUCCUUGUGUUCCCACAAAUUGGAGAUCCCAGACUAUCUUCUUGACUGCUCUUGAAGAAGUGGAGAUCCACCGAUUCGAAGGAGGCGAACAUGAGAUUGAUUUCUUAAAACUGAUAUUCGAAUGUGCGCCAAUGCUUACACGAAUGAAUGUGAAGCUAUCACAUAAGGCCUCUGCAACUUCAAGUAACAACGGAUGCACAAAAAUAUACAACAUCUUCGGGGCCUAUCCUUCUGUGGAAUCAUGUGUUUUAUCUUAAACCCCCAUGUGCUCAUCCAUUCACAUGAUGAGAACGCCUUAAAAUUUGAUUCGGUUUCUGGAAGUUGUCUGUUUGGUGCAAGCUUUCAAAAGAGCCAUUGUUUUAGCAGUACACUGGAGCUGUAGGCUAGUUAUAUUCAAUUGUCUU